AUGGCGAGUCGUGGAAUUGUGAAGAGUGAGACAAUCCGUGCGAGGUUUUGUUCUGUGGCGGGUCUAGCGAAGGACUAUUGUGGUGCGAUGAGUGUGGACUUGGGUCCAGAACCAGGGUUGUUGGAUGAGGUGUUGAAAUAUGGGCUUUACUUAGGAGCUAUUUUCCAGCUAAUCUGCAUCGCAGCUGUCAUUCUUGUACCCUUCAAUUCGUCGCUCUCUGCUUAUUCUCAAAAGGAUUACGACUCUGGUGAAGACGAAGGAUCUGAUCAAGGCACCCCAUCUUCUGGCCAAGGAUUUCGAGAACGCGCUUUGAAGCUCUCACAAGAAUCGGACGUCUCCUUGCUGCCUGAUCUCAUCUCCUCGCUUUAUUCCCUCAUCUCUGAUCGGUUCGAGUUCCCGGAACUCGAGUCAUUCGCCAUAAGAAAUGCCAUUUGGUCCAAGUGUUUCUCAGUGAUGAGAGACGGAUCCGAGAAGGACCGUGUAGCCGCUUUGGACCUCGUUCGGGUGCUGAGCCGGGACAAGGCUGAUUUAGACGAGAUAAUCACCAAGCACCCUGAUUACGUUCGCACUCUAACGUCUUAUGCCGUGUUGGAUAAGAUCUCGGCCGUAAAUCCCUCUGAUAUCCCGGUGGUCGAGGCCGCUUUAAAAGUCUUGGGGCUGAAUGUCUUGGAGAGAAUGCUGGAGGAUGUGGUGAAGGCGGGAGAGGAGUUGGGUGCCAUGAAUCCGGAAAAGGAGCCGCUUGGGUCGCUGGAUAUCUUCGCGAGCCCGAGGUGCAUUGUGACGUCUGCGGAUGCGGAUUUGGUUUGCAUCGCAUUGCAGGUCUUGUACAAUCUGACGCUCACGCCGGAUCCUGUGGUGGAAGACCUUCAAGUCGUAGACAGGUUGGUGGGACUCAUUCGAAAGCUCCUGCUCUCCUCGCCUGAAACGGAUCACAGCAAAAAGCUCUCACUCGUCACUCACGUCUCCAACUUGCUCUGCACUGUCCCACCUGCGUGUUUCCAGCGUUUGAUCACCGUCGGCUGUUCCAAUGGUGCCGCCGGGGAUACCCAACUCGAAUCAGACCCAGAAGCCAUGAAACCCGUCGCCAUUCUCCUCGCCCAUCUCGACGCCCGUCUGGCCGACUCUGCCACUCCUGUCGACUCACUCGUCCCGAUCCUCGUCGGUAUGAGCCGCAUGGGCAAAGCAAACAGUUUCAUCAGGAAAUACAUGCGUAACAGCGUUUUACCGCGGUUGCGUCGCAGCGACGUGAUGCGCAAGCCCGAAGAAGGCAAUACUUUGCGGAACAGACUAGUGCGACUGCUGACUCAUCCUAGCAUCAUGUUGAAAGAAGCCUCGGCCACAUUUUUGUUCAUGUUGUGCAAGGAAAAUGCCGGGAGAAUGGUCAAGUACUCUGGACUCGGAAACGCUGCGGGAAUGCUGAGUUUGAGAGGCCUGAUGGGCGGUGCGAGGUCGGUGGGUGCCGAAGACUACUCCCCGGACUCCUCUGACUCGGACACUGAAGAAUACAAGGACGUGGUGGAGAGUAUUAAUCCGGUGACGGGUUGCUUCGAGCCGCCAAGGAGGAGUGCGACCGAUGGCAUGACGGAUGAGCAGAAGGAAGUUGAGGCCAUGCGGUUGAUUGGUUCGAUUGAGAAUAUGAUCCUGGCGAAAAUCCCAGAAGUGGGCGUUCGGAUCGUAGUGAAAGAAAUUCACUUCGGCACAGUGAAAUACGUCGGUCCUGUUUGUGCCGAUGCUUCUAACGCAACCUGGCUUGGCGUCGAAUGGGAUGACCCAACCCGCGGCAAGCACGACGGAUCCAUCGGAGGCCAGCGUUACUUCCAAACUUCAUCCCCGAAAUCCGGAAGUUUCAUCAAACCCCAUCCAUCCAUCAAGCUCGGAAUCGAUGUCACCGAAGCAUUGGAGGAGAAAUACUGCGGUAGCGAAACUAAUCCCGGAGAAGCCGAACUAGUGGAAGUGAGCACGGCAUUGCACGCAUCGCUAUACGAAACCGUGGGAUUUGAAAAGAUCAAUGCGAAGCAAAAGGCCUUGAAGCAAGUUUCUGUGAUCGAACUGGUGAAUUGCCGCGUUGGCCACGGGAAACUUUCCGGGGAUAAACUCCCUGUCGCCAAAGUGCUCAAUCUUUCGCAUAAUCUCAUAUCAUCUUGGAAAAUACUCCGUGGGAUCGUUGCUGACUUGACUAAGCUUCGCGUCCUCGACUUGCGGGGAAAUCGUUUGACGUGGGAACCAGGUGUCGUUUUCCCGCUGGUUCAAGAACUCGAUGUAUGCAACUGUAAUCUAACCUGGACCGAUUUUCUCAGAAUCGGGGAGAUGUUCCCGGAUCUUCGCGAACUCGGUUGCGACGAUAAUCGAGUGUCUCCUGAUCCCCGUGAGAGUGAAAUUCUGAAGAGAUCGUUCCCGAAAUUAGAAAUGGCCUCGUUGUCGCUGAACCCAAUCUCGAAAGCGGAACAUUUCAAAGUCUUGGGGUCGCUACCAAAGUUAACCUCAUUGCGUGUUAUGAACGUUGGUCUAACAUCCGUGAAACUUGACGAAGACUCGUUCCCGUGUUUGGAAAGCUUGAAUAUAUCCGAUAAUCCGAUUGACUCUUGGGAAAGUGUUGAUGAACUCGGAAAGGUGCGAAGUUUGAAAAGCCUGAGACUGCGAUUGUGUCCGGUGUUAACACAAGAAUCGGAUGGUACUCUGUCUCAUUUAUCGACUUGCUCUAUUCUGGCGAGAGUUCUUCAGCUCACGAAGCUCAACGGUACAGUUUACCCUGCGCAAGAGAGGCACUACGCUGAGUGGGACUACUUGAGGUUGAACGCUCAUGCGUAUUACGCAUCUCUGGAGAGUUCAUCGUCGAAAGAUAAAUUCCAGCGAGAACAUCCAACUUUUGGGAAACUGAUUCAAAAGCACGGCGAGCCACCAAACGUGGCGCGGGAGAAAACCAGCGCCUUGAGUGAUCGUUUAAUGGAACUUACGAUUGUGACACCAGAUCGAGGAUUAGAUAAUCCAAUUAAGCGCAAACUGCCGUCUGAUAUGGCGAUCGGGAAGCUAAAAAGUUCAUUGGCGAGGAUUUGUGGAAAGCAAGCUGGGCAUGUUUCUUUGCUGGUGUGUCCGGAAGGGGCGAACGUGAGAGAUUAUUUGAAGGAGCACAACAGUGAGGCUCUUUUGGAGAAUCGUGCGUUGAAUUUUUAUUUGAAUCCCGGCGAUGUGGUCGUUCUCAGGUGGUCUUGA